AUCUCUCAAUUCAAUUCUCGUUCUCACCACUUCACAAGCAAAAAAAAAAAAAAGUUUUAAUCUCUCUCAAACCUCAACAAACACGAAGACGAUGAAGCAAUUGAUCCGCCGUCUAUCUCGCGUGGCUGAUUCAGCUCAAUACAGUCUCCUCCGUUCAGAUUCACAGCGACCACCUAGUAGUAACAACCGCCGCCGUACAGAAUCGUUCCUCCGCUCUUCGGUUGCUCGUAGAUCAAAGAAGCAGAACUCAUCCGUUCCAGAAGGACACGUACCUGUAUACGUAGGUGACGAGAUGGAGAGGUUCGUCGUAAGCGCGGAGCUGCUUAACCAUCCGGUUUUUAUCGGUUUACUAAACCGAUCUGCUCAAGAGUAUGGAUACGAGCAAAAAGGAGGAUUACAAAUCCCAUGCCACGUGCUUGUCUUUGAACGAAUCAUGGAGUCGUUUCGUCUUGGACUUCCGGUUUCGAUUGAUUUACUCGGAGACGAGACGAUUUGAAGAUGAAGAAGACAAAAGAAGAAGAAGAAGAAGAAGAAGACGAAGCUUUUUUUUUUUUUUUUUAGAAGAAAUCUUGGGUAGUUUUUUAAGUCAAAGGUUUUUUUUCUUUAGAUCUGGUGGUUUUUGUUCAGAUACUGAGUAAUACUUCGUCGUUUUGGGAUGUAAAUAGGUAUAUAUAUAUUUUUCUUUCUUUCUGGAUUCGAUUGAUGAUGAUGAAGAAGAAAGUAGACAAGUUUAGAGUUUUCUUUUUAAAAAAAAAUUUGUUUGUUGCAAAAUUCUCUAAUUUUUUUUCGCCGGUUUUAAGAAUCGGUUUGAAAUUUUUGUGAAGAUUUAUAUAUAUGGAAGUUUGCAUCAAAUUUGUUAUC